AUGUGCGCCGAUUCCUGCAAGCUGGAGAUAUGGCUUGACUGCCGGUUCUCUGGUACCGAUGGGCCUGCGCCUCUGGCCUGUGACCGCCGCCUUCUUUACAGCGGUGCGACGCCAGGAAAGCGCGACCUCGUGUGUGGUGCCGGAGGACGCGUUGAGGAUUGCGAUGGCAAAGAAAUGGGUGUUCUGUUCAUCGGAUCUGGAGGAGAGGUUCAUAAGCAUGCCCUUGAGAUAAUGGGGCACGUUGAGUGGGUUAUCCUGCAGGCUGACUCUCUGGUUCCAUCGGGGGCUUUGUUGGCUGCUAGCAGCAGGCAUGGAACACGGCUGGCCGUGGUACUUAGCAACGAGCAACAUCUGGAGGAUUUCGAACCAGCCCUGGCAAGGACCGGUGCGCUGGUGGUUUCUGACGACGCUUUGCUCAACAAGGCCAUGGUGAAGCGUAUGGCGAUGAACAAAUCGGAGUCCCCGAUGCUGAACACAGUGUGUGGCGGCAUCUUUUUACCCGCUGCUGAAGAAUUGAAGCUGGUCACUGUGGAGUCCGUGGAAGUUGUCAGCGGCGAGGCGGACAGAGUCUACUUGGACAUGAUCAGCAUGCUGCAAGACGGUGAGGGUGCGCUGGUGGGGUCCACGGCCAAAGCUCUUUGUUUCAUCCAUGCUGACUCGGGAGGGCGUGCGUUCAGAAUAAACGCGGGUCCUGUACAUGCAUACGUCGCCCUUCCUGAUGGACGCACCAAGUAUCUGAGUGAUGUGGAAGCCGGCGAUCAGAUCUUGAUGGUGGACUUGGGGAGGGGAGGCGGAGGAGCACCUGCCAGCCGCAGUGUAAAUGUGGGUCGAUGCCAAGUGGAGCGGCGACAAGUUGCCCGGAUUCGCUUGCACUUCGACGGAGAGCACAGUCAACUUUUCCUAGAGUGGACGGACACCGUUCGCCUUCAUGGUCGGCAUGCGUCUGAAGAUGCAUGCUACCCGCUGCCAAUCACGCAGCUUCGAGCAGGCGAUGAGAUAUUGGUCCACUGGGCAAGUACAAGCCCCUCUCGAGCUGUACAUGCCGUGCAUUCGAUACCGUCCGAGAAGUAG